AUGAUUCACUCUCUUGCUGCAGCAAUGAGUGCCCAACUUCAAAACACCUCUUCCCUCAGCACGGUGGGCACGUGGAAUUUUCAGGACGUGCGAAACUCGUCGCCCGUCCGGACUACAGGGCCGCUCGCUGUUAGUCCCUGGGACAUUGCUCUCUGCGUGACCGGCACGCUCAUCUCCUGCGAGAAUGCGAUUGUGAUCGCCAUCCUAUUCUACACGCCCACCUUGCGGGCACCGAUGUUCAUUCUGAUUGGCAGCCUCGCCUUCGCGGACCUUCUGGCGGGACUGGGCCUCAUUCUGAACUUCAUCUUCAUCUACAUGGUCAACACGGAGUUCGUGACACUCAUCUCAGUCGGAUUGCUCAUCGCCGCCUUCUCUGCCUCUGUUCUCAACAUCUUAGCCAUUACAGUGGACCGGUACCUGUCACUUUACAACGCCCUGACUUAUCACACGGAGCGCACGGUGACUUUCACAUACGUUAUGGUAGUGCUCAUCUGGCUAGUGUGCAUCGGUUUAGGUCUUUUGCCUGUGCUUGGGUGGAACUGUCUGGGUGACGAGUCUAGCUGCAGCAUUUGUCGCCCUGUCACCAAGAACCACGCCGUGGUGCUGGCAGUGACGUUUCUGCUCGUCUUCGCGCUCAUGAUGCAGCUUUACCUGCAGAUCUGCAAGAUUGCCUUUCGCCAUGCGCAGCAAAUCGCCGUUCAGCACCAGUUUAUGGCCAUUUCCACUACAAAAGGCGUUUCCACGCUGUCCGUCAUCCUUUGCACGUUCGCCAUGUGUUGGAUGCCCUUCGCUAUGUAUUCCAUUGUGGCGGACUCCAGUUACCCAAUGAUCUAUACGUACGCCACCGUCCUACCGGCGACGUGUAAUUCUGUUAUUAAUCCCAUUAUAUACGCCUACAGAAACCCCGACAUCCAAAAAUCUCUGUGGUUAGCAUGCUGUGGAUGUGUCCCUUCCAACUUCUCCCUGCGAGCAAGGACAUCAAGUGAUGUAUAG